CAUUUUUAUGGAAUUCUUUAGUAUAAAAAUGAGCAAGAGUUGAGAGUUGAGUGUUGAGUGUUGAAUAUUGACUAAAGAGUAACGUGUUUUCUUCCGGGUUUGCAGAACUUGCACUGCAUUGGUUGUGUCUGAUUUUCACAGAAAGCGAGCAUUUUUCAACCUCCAUCAACAAUGGAAGGUGGUCAACAGAGUGCAGACAAGACGGAGUUCACAGAAUGCUGGCGGAGAUCCAUUCAAUCACCAUAUAUUAUGCGCCUCGCUCUUUCUGCUGGCAUUGGAGGCCUUCUCUUCGGUUAUGAUACAGGUGUAAUUUCUGGCGCUUUGUUGUAUAUCCGUGAUGAUUUUGAACAAGUUGAUAAGAAAACAUGGCUCCAGGAAACUAUUGUGAGCAUGGCUGUUGCAGGAGCUAUAAUUGGUGCAGCAUUUGGGGGGUGGAUGAAUGACAAGCUAGGCAGAAGGAAGACACUUUUAAUGGCUGAUGUCGUGUUCUUUCUUGGUGCAAUAGUUAUGGCUGCAGCUCCAGCUCCAUGGGUUAUCUUAAUUGGGAGGAUUUUGGUUGGUUUGGGAGUUGGCAUGGCAUCCAUGACAGCUCCUCUGUACAUAUCUGAGGCCUCCCCUGCUAAGAUCAGAGGAGCAUUAGUCAGCAUCAAUUCUUUCUUAGUCACUGGUGGCCAAUUCCUCUCUUACCUUAUCAACUUGGCAUUUACCAGGGCUCCUGGAACAUGGCGUUGGAUGCUCGGUGUAGCAGGCGUUCCUGCUUUGGUUCAGUUCAUAUUGAUGUUAUCCCUCCCUGAGUCACCUAGAUGGCUGUAUAGGCAGAGUCAGGAAGACAAGGCAAAGCAGAUUCUGUCGAAGAUUCUUCUCCCCAACGAAGUCGAAGAGGAGAUCAAGUUGAUGCAUGAAUCCAUUGAAACAGAGAAGGCAGAGGAAGGCUUGAUUGGGCAAAACCUAGGACAGAAACUCAAGGGUGCAUUGGCUAAUGAAGUUAUCCGAAGAGCACUCUACGCAGGCAUCAUAGUGCAAGUUACUCAGCAGUUUGUUGGCAUUAACACUGUCAUGUAUUACAGCCCUACCAUUGUUCAAUUCGCUGGAAUAGCCUCGAAUUCUACGGCUCUUGCGCUUUCUCUGGUUACUUCUGGUCUGAAUGCGUUCGGCUCCAUCUUGAGUAUGCUCUUCGUUGAUAGAUUCGGAAGGAGAAAGUUGAUGCUAGUCUCCAUGAUUGGCAUUAUAGUUUGCCUCGUAGCGUUGAGUGUUAUAUUCAACCUCGCAGCUCACCACUCUCCUACCAUUAGUAACAAGGAUACCCUCAGCUUCGGUGCAAACUCUACAUGCCAGGCUUACACAAAGACUCCGAAUUUCUCCUCAUGGAACUGCAUGCAGUGUUUGCAAGCAGAAUGUGCAUUUUGUAGCAGCAGUAGUGGUGAAUUUCAUCCUGGAGCAUGCUUGGCAUCGUCAAAGAGUGUCAGGGGCGUGUGCCAUGACCAUCAUCGAGUAUGGUUUUCACAGGGAUGUCCAAGCAGAAUCGGGAUCCUUGCAGUCGGACUCCUCGGAUUGUACAUAUUGGCAUACUCACCAGGAAUGGGAACGGUGCCUUGGGUCCUGAACUCGGAGAUAUACCCAUUGAGAUUCAGAGGUCUGGGUGGAGGCAUAGCUGCAGUUUUCAACUGGUGCUCUAAUCUCAUUGUGAGUGAGUCAUUCUUGAGCAUGACAAAGGCAUUAGGCUCCUCUGGCACAUUCCUCCUCUUUGCUGGAUUCUCUUUUCUUGGGCUUUUGGCUAUCUAUAUGUUAGUCCCUGAGACCAAAGGGCUUCAGUUUGAGGAGGUUGAGAAGUUGCUUCAGAAAGGGUUCAGACCUUUCCCAUUUGACAAGAAAAAAGAGGAUAUCAAGGAGAAAGAGGAUAACAAGGAGAAAGAGCUAAAACAGCAAGGAGUAGUUUGAUGCUAAUAGCCACUUGUCUCCUUUGCUAAACAACAAAGAUAAUUGGUUGGCUUUCUUUAUCUUUGUGGAUGAAUUAGUUGGAGGUGAAAAAGCUGUUUAUAAAUGUCGUUGGGGAAUUAUCAAGUAUCCGUAAAUAAGAGGCUUAAUUUUCCCGCAAGGUCAUGGUUUAGACCUUAAUAUAAUACUUCUGUUGAAGAAAACUAUUAUUAUAAGUGUGUGGUGUGUGAACAAUUUUAAGUGGACAAGAAACCAAGUAUAGUUUGUGAAUAAUAUUAUGAACAAUUUCAGUUUUUUUUUU